AACAUAACAUCAUCUCCAACUUCAACUUCAACUCCAAACCCACACACACACACACACACCGCUUGCUCUUGAAGGAAUGGCUUUCACAGUUUCUCUCACAGGUCACAUCCACGCAUCCACUCAAUGCACAAACCUGAACUCUUUAUCAUCAUCUCUAUGUAAUCUAAGCUCCAGUGCUAACGUAGUUGAUAUGAGGUUAGUAUCCCCGCGUGGACUACAAAAAGUUGGAUCUAAUCAUAGAAAUUUCAGAGUCCAUGCCCUCUUCGGAGGAAAAAAAGAUAAUGAAAGUGGUGAUAAUAAGGGAGGAAUGCUCGGUCAGCUCGGAAACAUGCAAAAUCUGUUUGAGACUGUGAAAAAGGCGCAAGCGGUUGUCCAAGUAGAAUCAAGUCGGAUACAGAAAGAACUUGCUGCAGCCGAGUUUGAUGGUUACUGUGAGGGUGAGUUAAUAAAGGUGACACUAUCAGGGAAUCAGCAACCUGUACGAACACAAAUUACCGAGGCUGCUAUGGAAUUAGGAUCAGAAAAACUCUCACUUCUAGUCACAGAGGCUUACAAGGAUGCACACCAAAAGAGUGUCCAGGCCAUGAAGGAAAGGAUGAGUGAUCUUGCUCAGAGUUUAGGAAUGCCACCAGGGCUCGGUGGAGGGUUGUAGUGAUGACAGGGAAGGAUGGAACCUUGAUUUUGCAUACAAACCAUUUCAUAAAUGCAUAUUUACUCCUUUUACUGUGAUUAUGGAUAAUGAGUCUUGAUUACUCAGUUGUGUAGGGAUCACUUGAAAUGGCGAUGGACCUUCUACUUCCCUCACCCCCUUUUUCCAUGUCCUAUUACUUCCUUUAGGUCUUAUCUUUGUCUUGUACAAUUCAAGGUUUAAUAAUUUAUUCAGUGAAAGCUUUAAUUAAGUGGUACA